CACCGCCUCCCGCCGCCCCGCAGCCACCAGCCGCCCCGCCGGAGCAGCCUCCGCUCCGGGGCCGGCCGAGGGGAGUCCCACACCCGCCUGAGACGACGCCCCAAGAUGUUGGCUGGAAAGCGCAGCCCCCCCGCUACUUCGCCGGGCGCCUCGCCCGGCAGCUCGCCCCGUAACUCGCCCCGCAACUCGCCCCGCAACUCGCCCCGCAAUUCGCCCCGCAACUCGCCCCGCAACUCGCCGGUACUCUUCAGGAAACUGCUGGUGAACCAGAGUAUCCGCUUGCAGCGCCGCUUCACCGUGGCGCACCCGCUUUGCUUUGACCUUGAGAAUGGCCUGUCUUCAGGAAGAAGCCCCCUGGACCCCCAAGCCAGCCCAGGCUCAGGCCUCAUCAUCCAGGGGAACUUUCCACACAGUCAGCGGCGUGAAUCCUUCUUGUACCGUUCUGACAGUGACUACGACCUGUCGCCCAAAGCCAUGUCCCGGAAUUCUUCAAUCGCCAGUGACCUACAUGGAGAAGACAUGAUCGUGACCCCAUUUGCACAGGUCCUGGCCAGUCUGCGUACAGUGAGGAGUAACUUCGCGAUGCUCACCCACCUGCAAGAUCGAGUGGCCAAGAGACCGUCCAGCAGUAACCCCCCCUCCGGCUGCAAAACACCUCUCCCAGAGGAAGCCUGCCAGAAGCUGGCGAUGGAAACGCUGGAGGAACUGGACUGGUGCCUGGACCAGCUGGAGACCUUGCAGACCCGGCACUCGGUCAGCGAGAUGGCGUCCAACAAGUUCAAAAGGAUGCUGAACCGAGAGCUGACCCACCUGUCGGAAACCAGCCGCUCUGGAAACCAGGUGUCUGAGUACAUCUCCCGUACCUUUCUAGACAAGCAGCAUGAAGUGGAGAUUCCCGCCGUGCCUAAGAAAGAGAAAGAGGAGAAGAAGAGACCCAUGUCCCAGAUCAGUGGGGUGCGGAAGCUGACCCACAGCUCGAGCUUCUCGGGCACCAGCAUCCCCCGCUUCGGCGUCAAGACCGACCAGGAGGGGCCUCUGGCCAAGGAGUUGGCAGACACCAACAAAUGGGGCCUGGAUGUGUUCAGGGUGGCAGAGUUGUCUGGGAACCGGCCCCUCACAGCCAUCAUGUAUAGCAUCUUCCAGGAACGGGAGCUGCUGAAGACCUUCCGGAUCCCUGCCGACACGCUGAUCACCUACCUGCUGACCCUGGAGGAUCAUUACCACUCAGACGUGGCCUAUCACAACAAUAUCCAUGCAGCUGACGUGGCACAGUCCACCCACGUGCUGCUGUCCACGCCAGCGCUCGAGGCAGUGUUUACCGACCUGGAGAUCCUGGCUGCUAUCUUCGCCAGCGCUAUCCACGACGUCGACCACCCCGGAGUGUCCAACCAAUUUCUGAUCAACACCAACUCAGAGCUGGCUCUCAUGUACAAUGACGCCUCUGUCCUGGAAAACCACCACCUGGCCGUGGGCUUCAAACUGCUCCAGGAGGAGAACUGUGACAUAUUCCAGAACCUGAGCCCUAAGCAGCGGCAGUCCCUCCGGAAGAUGGUCAUUGACAUGGUGCUCGCCACGGACAUGUCAAAGCACAUGAACUUGCUGGCGGACCUGAAGACCAUGGUGGAGACCAAGAAGGUGACGAGCCUGGGUGUUCUGCUGCUGGACAAUUACUCGGACCGGAUCCAGGUCCUGCAGAACAUGGUACACUGCGCCGACCUGAGUAACCCCACCAAGCCUCUGGAGCUCUAUCGGCAGUGGACUGAUCGCAUCAUGGUGGAGUUUUUCCACCAGGGGGAUCGGGAGCGAGAGAAGGGCAUGGAGAUCAGCCCCAUGUGUGACAAGCACACAGCCUCCGUGGAGAAGUCGCAGGUGGGCUUUAUAGACUACAUCGCACACCCGCUGUGGGAGACCUGGGCCGACCUGGUGCACCCAGAUGCCCAGGAAAUCCUGGAUACGCUGGAGGACAAUCGGGAGUGGUACCAGAGCAUGAUCCCCCGCAGCCCAGACGAGGCGGCCUCGGAGCAGGACGGGGGCAGCAGCGACAAGUUUCAGUUUGAGCUUACGCUGGAGGAGGAGGAGGGGGAGUCAGAUACGGAGCCCGAGGAGCCUGAGAGCCCGGCCGAGGAGGACAACAGUGGCAGCGACUCCCGGACCCUGGCCACCGACGACUCGGAGUCUGCCGAGCUCCGGGCCGUGGACGCGCCGUGGGGCUGGGGACCUUGCAGGAGCAGAAGAAAGAAAGAAGAAGGAGAGAAAGAAGGAUGGAAAGAAGACGGGAUGGACGGAAGGCAGGAAGGAAGGAAAGCAAGAAAGCAAACUUGACUGGAUCUUUCCAACCAGAGGCUGGAGCGGCCAAAUGGAGUAUUGUGGAGUAUUUUUUUUUUUUCUUCAGUGUUUAUUUUUUAUGAUGAUGGUGGUUGUUAUGAUUUUAUUCAGCACUGCUGCCCGGUGAAGGUUUGUGCAUACCUCACACAUUGGGUUUGCAACCUGCUGAUUUUGAGUGCCCCUUGUGACCCUCUCGCCCACCCUCCGGCCACUGCCCGGUGUGGGACCCAUCUGUCCGGCCCUCCAGAGAGGAGCCAUUCCCACUGCAGCUGGCAUGAUGGGCAGGAGAGGAGGGGCGAGCGGUGGGUGCUGCCUCCUUUGCAGCCUCCCGCCUCUGGCCUGCUCAUCCCCUCCAAAACCACAGGCCAAGGCACUCGCUCUGUUUGGGUUUUUUGGUUUGGUUUUGGGAUUUGUUUUUUGAAGGAAUCUUUAGAGGUUCCAACACCAUGCGCAUCAGCCCUGCCAGAGGAGAAGGCUUCUGCGCCCGCCCAAGCCACAGUGACUUCGGGCCAACUUCCCUCAUCUCCCCCUGCCACAACAGUGAGGCUGCCUAGAUCUCCUGGGUCCCUGGCCUCCCUGUCUGGAUCCCCGGCGCCAAAUGUGAGUCGAACCCUGACUUUGGGAGCCUGUGAUGUAAGUGGCCAUUGUCCCCCUCCCUUCCCUCCCACUCCCCUCCCCCUCCCGGGGGGGGGGGACUCGGAGGGAGGAGCGGGGGCCCCCCGCCAUCUUUCGGGUCCCUGCAGCAGAGUCUGCAGGGGCAGACCCGUGUUUUGGCUCCAGCGAUGCGUAUUCCCACCUUGGCGUCUGGCAGAAUCUCUGAGGCUUUUCAUUGUGAAAACCGAACCUGAGAUGCGAGCUCUGUCCACCCGCUCCCCUUCCCCCAGUCCCAUCCAGAGGCCUCCACUCUCCGCCCAGGACUCUGGCCCUGGCGAUUUCUACCUUUACUGCACACCUGCCUGCAGACCGAAAGGGAGGGGGAGCACGCGAAAGUCUCAUCCGUGUUUGACCCCGAUGAUUGUGCCGGGCCACUCCAGGGCCCAGUUAGAGAAGCUGUGGGGGUGGGGCCUGGGAGCUUUGGGACACCCUCUAGUGACACAGGCAAAAAAGUGGGUCCCACUGCCCAUCCCCAUCAUUAUGCCCACCGGGGUGCCUGUCCCCACUCUGCCCCAAGGCCCCGGGCUGAGGUCCCAUGGGCGCCCACACUCACAUUCAGCCCUGGUUGGGAUCUUGGCUCCCCGCCUUGGAAAUGAGGCUCCCCCAAAGUAUUCCUUGGGGAGUGGCUAAAUGUUCUCUUGGCUCUCGAAAGCCAAACUGAGAUCCUGAAAAUCAGUCCCUCCAAGACCCAAGAUCCUGGGCCCAAGAAGUGAGCAGCAGCAGCAGCUCACAGCCCAAAGUCCCGUUCUCCCCACACCCGCCCCACCGCCACCCCGGAUUGUCUCUGACUUUUCGUAUCGUGCGUAGGUUGGGUAAGAGAUUGGAACAAAUCCUUUGGAAUGACUCCAUGAGGAGGUGUAAAUAAGCCACCCAGAUAGACAGUUACCCAGCAGGCCCCGAGGGCAUGCCUGGAACUAUUCCUUCCCUAAAGUUGUAGAAAGUCUCUUUUAAAUCCCGCCCGGUGGUUUGGCUCACCUGGAAACCGGCAGGGCCAGGAGAGCCGUUAUCAGCCAGGUUCCUGCCCUGCCACCGUGCCACCGCUAGCUCACCAAAGGAAGCCCCCGUGCAACUUUUCCACGACUGUCGGGUCUUGUACGGAACCGCCUGGCUCGGCUUCUCUCACACCAGCCUUGGGAGCUUGUCUCGGAGGCAAAGGCCACCCGGUGACAGCACCUCUGAUUGGAGGGCUGUGAUUUCCAGCGGGUCUGGCUGGGGAGGAAGUUUAAGGGGCAAGCAGUGCCUAGCCAGAGCAGCCCAGUGUGUCCUCCAGGAGGGAAGUGCUGCUGGACACUGGUGGGUGAGCAGGAGGUUACAUCCCACCGGGCCAGGCGGUACCCACCAGGACCCGGCUCCCUUUGGGUAGGGCAAUGGCAUGUGAUCUCCAGGAAGGGGACCGUGCCUACCCCCAGGGCUGCAGCCCAGCCCAGAAGUUAAUGGAAAAGGUGUGAGGGAGGCCCCGGGGCUGGAGCUGGAGUGGGGGCCACUGCCCCCACCCCUGCUGCUGCUGAAGGGAAGGCCAAGCUUCUGGGGAAUGUGAAGCUGGCCCCAAAAGCUCCCCAUCCCUUGAGGGUGGCCCAGGGAAAUGAACAGAGGCUAUGUCACCCUGAGCUUCUGGCCCCAGGAGCCUCCUGGCCUGUGCGGUGCCACGCACGGGGUGGAGGGUGUGUGCCGGUUGCCGGGGUUUAAUUUAUUCGGACCCAGUUUCACGUUUUAUAAAAAUUUUUGUAGCUCACUUUUUAAUAACAACUUUCGCCUCUUCCCCCCCGCCCCGCCCCCCCACCCCCCGAACUCCGUACACACACCCGGCACGCAUCCCGUGGCCCACGUGGCUUCCUGUCCUGUUCGCACUGGUUUUCUGUGACCUGCACUGGAGAUGCUGCAUUGUGCCCUUUUGCCGGGGCCACUCCCAUGCUCGGGUCUGUCCCUGGUCAUUGCUGUGUCCUCGUUGGGUUUUUGAUUUUAUUUUUCUGCCGUGUAUCUCAGGCCCCUUCCUCCUGCUGUGUGAUCUUUCUAUACGAACCCAAAGUCUUGUCUCGUUCCAUGAAGCUACAGGGUUUCAAAUACUGAAUGUGGCAGGACAUGCUUAGAGCCUGUUUUCUGGGGGUUGGAGCCCAGGUGUGAUGGGAGGAGGCAGCUGGAAGCCGACAGGCAGAGCUGGAAGGGCCCCAGUGCAUGACUUGCUGGUGCCGUGUGAGUGUGUGGGGGGUGGGGGUGGGGAGGGCUCAGCGCAGGGAGGUGGGAGAACAGAAGGAUUUUCAAUUGCCAUGAACUUGAGCCAGGUGGGGCAGGUGGCGAGGGUGAAACUGACCUAGAAACUAAGUCUAAAGAAAGCCGCCCCCCCCCCCCCCCAUUUUAGCUGGGCCAGCCGCUGCCCCCUUAGCAACUGUGAAAGCACAACACUAAAAGGGUCACCCGCUCUGGGCAUGGCCGAUUCUCCAACAGCCAUUGCCGUGAUACAUCAUUCAGCCUUGGCCUGGGUGACAGGACAGCAGGGUCUGGUUUGGAGGUUCUAGAGACCCCCAGAGUUGUUGGGGUUCUCGGUGGCCAGUGGGUUUGGCGGCGGGGGGGGGGGGGGGGGAGACACCUGUCAGGCCUCAGGGAUCUAUAUGGUUGGAGACAAGAGACGUGUCCCUGCAGGUUCAUGAGGCCACUGCCCCAUACCCCUUCUCUGGAUUGGGAUGACAAACUCCAGCCCUGGCUCUCUUGCAGCCUGCCCAUUUCUGGGUGGAACCCCAAAUCUGAGGAACAGGGGAGGCCCCCACCUCUCAGUAACUUGCUUUCUUUCCACCCCCGUCCCCCACCUGGCUGAGCUUAGAGGGGAGCCCAGAAGGGUGCUGCCGGCCGGCAGCCCUGCUGCAUCCCUCCGGCUGAGAGGGAAGGAAGAGUUUGUUGGGGGAUGCUCCCUGGAGGUCUCCAGCUGUCCCAGGCAUGAUUCCUCCCAUCAGACUGGGCUCCUUAGCUGCCUGUUGUUGCCAGUUGCGUGUAUUGUAGAUUUAGGAUAAAAAACAACAAAAUUGAA